AGGAAGCUAGAGUUUCUGUUCUGGAGGUGGGACAGAGGAGAGCUUCAUUCAGAAGAAAUUGCUAUUGUUUCUUUGCCUUCCCAUGGGAAAGCCUGAGUUUUGGAAACCAUUCAACAAAUGUAAGUGGCACAAAGACAUGCAAAGAGCAUAGCACCAAGUGGUGAGAAUCUCCACUUUGUAUCCAGUGCAAAGGAGUUAGUUCGGUAUUGGAAGUACUGACCACAAGAGGUGAGAGUCCAGGGCUAGAAGCUGUGCACACCCAGAAUUUUAGAGCCACUACAGCCUCCACUUUUAGUCCCAGCUAUUCAAGCCACUUUCAAAAUGAGAGUCAUCCAAACAGCGCAGAACUUCCAUGGGAAUGAAAGUGUUCUGAAGGAGGGAGAGGAAUCUGCACUGGGCUACCUUGGCGGAAGCACAAGAGCAGACAUCUGGGAGUGGAGCCACACCAUCUGAAAAGUGCAACAGCAAAGUCCUUGAUGAUAACUGAGGCUGGUAGCUGCCCUCUGGACACCUCUUGGUCUUCACUGUUGGAGCCUCCAGCAGAGAGAGCAGUUUGACUCUCCCUGUGAAGAUACCAUUGGCUACUAACUCAGGUGCAAGUCAGGGGAUUCAGAGUGCACAGAACCACUUGGGCUCACCUCUGAGUGCAGAAAAUCGCCUUGAUUGGAGAAGCAAAACUUAUUUGUGCGCACACACACAAGUUACUGCUCACCUGGCCAGAGCUGGCCACUGCCAAAGUGACCAGAGACCUGCAGGAUGGAUGAGCCCCUCUGAGUGGCCAGUGACUGAGGAAAUCCAGCUGGCCACUUUUCCUGCAGAGAUUUGCUGCGGUCCCCAAAGAAGAAUGAGUAACCUUUCCUGUUCUGGCCACAGAGUGAUCUGGCCGUGCACGCUGCCAGUGGACACUGCUACUGACUGGCUACCAGGAAGGAAAAGCAUCCAUCAGCCACUCUGCCUAGCACAGGCUCAGGUAGCAAAGGGGUGUCCUGCGGGGGAUGGUGAGCUGGGAUCCCUGGAUUCUUUCCUUGCCUGGUGGUCUGGAGGAGCACAGAGGCGCACCAGAAGGAACACUGCUACCCACAGUUGUGGCCACUGGGAACUGAGACAGCAAUUCAGCCCCAUGGGACCUGACUGCACUGCCUCUACACUGCAGAUCCCCAGCUCAGGGAAACCUUUGGAUGUGCGUCCCAGGACUGUCUUAAUCCUUCGGCACCCCAGAACACGGCCUUUGUCCCUCGGGAUGACCACAGCUGUGUACGGUGCUGAACCGCUUUGGAACCACUGCCGAAUCACCUGCUCCGGCUCAAGUAAUGACAGAAGGAUUCCUUGUUUGUGUUCCCAAGGCAUCCCUGCCCAAAACAAACUCUGCAGGGCUCCCCACCCAGAUCUCUGAAAUUCCUGAGCAACCUUACAUUUGCCUUUGUUUUGGGAGAAACAUGUGCUGAGCUGUCUCCUGCAGGGAGAGAAGGGCGGUGGUUAAACCUACCGUUUGCAACAGAGCUUAACCCGACCUGCAGCAAAAGGCUCAGUGAGGAUGCGAGCACUUCACACCU